CUGCCGUGCCUGUGCAGCAGCGCCACCUGUCUGCUGUGCAGCUGCUGUCCCAGCACCAGGAACUCCACGGUGACCCGGAUCAUCUACGCCUUCAUCCUGCUGCUGGGGACCAUCGUGGCCUGCAUCAUGCUGUCCCCGGGGGUCGAUCAGCAGCUUAAAAGGAUCCCUGGCUUCUGUGAAGACGGGGCCGGCUCCUCUAUCCCUGGCAUGCAGGCCGAUGUCAACUGUGAGAUGUUCGUGGGCUACAAGGCAGUGUACCGCAUCUGCUUCGGCAUGAGCAUGUGGUUCCUGGGGUUUUCCAUCCUGAUGAUUAACAUCAAGAACAGCAGAGACCCCCGUGCUGCCAUCCACAACGGAUUCUGGUUCUUUAAGUGUGCUGCCCUGGUGGCAGUUACAGUUGGUGCCUUUUAUAUUCCAGAUGGGCCUUUCACCUACACGUGGUUUGUGGUGGGCUCUGGGGGCGCUUUCUGCUUCAUCCUGAUCCAGCUGGUGCUGCUGGUGGACUUCGCCCACUCAUGGAACGAGUCCUGGGUGGAGAAGAUGGAGACCGGCAGUUCCAGGUGCUGGUACACAGGUCAGUGACUCAACAGUGUGUACA